AUGUCUUCCCAACGUCGCCUGCAGCAGCUUCUCACCAACGAAGAGCUCGGCGACCAGAAGCCAACCCAGCUUCUUCGACGGAUGCGAGCUCUAGUUGGCGACGCAACUCUAGAUUCAUCGCUUCUCCAAGAACUGUUUCUGCAACGUCUGCCCGCGGAAGCACGUCGCAUCCUUGCUGCGGCAGGCAGCACUUCCUUAGAAGACCUUGCCAAGCUUGCUGACCGUAUACUUGACCACUCGCCGGCGGCAUCGGCUACCAUCGCCUCCUUUGACCACACGCCUCCUCCUGCGCGUCCUGACACCGACCUCUCUGGCAUACCUGCUGCAAUGGUAGCCAUCACUUCAACGAUACAGAACAUGAACGCCGCCAUGGCGAGUCUCACGGCAAUGGUGGCUGGCAUUUCCACCCGCAACAGGUCCCCCUCUCCCGUCGGUCGCCAAGAUAACCGACGGCGCCGUUACUCCAGCCGUUGCCGUUUCCCCUCACCAGCACACUCGCAGGACAGCCCGUUUUGCUGGUAUCACUUUAACUUCGGUGGCAGAGCUCAGAAGUGCAAGCCCCCGUGCACCUGGCCGGGAAACGGUCCAACCAGCAACUGA